GUGAUUAAUGAGGUGAUUAGUGGUGAUUAAUGAGGUAAUUAGUGAGGUGAUUAGUGAGGUGAUUAGUGCGGUGAUUAGUAAGGUGAUUAUUGGGGUGAUUAAAGAGGUGAUUAAUGAGGUGAUUAGUGGUGAUUAGUGAGCUGAUUAGUGAGCUGAUCAGUGUGGUAAUUUUCCUAUGCUGACCACCAGCUAGACACAUGCACACAGUCUGACAUACUUGAGGAAAGUGUUGACAUUUUCUGACCAAUCAGACAACAGUUAUUUUUUUAUUGGGCUGUUAUACACAGCAGAAGCAAAUUGAAACCAUUCCGAAGAUUAUGAUUUAACCUUUAUUGUUUCUUUGUAUUUGUAUUAAUUAAUUAUAAAAAUUCAAAUUUAGUAGAGGUUAGGGAUUAAUAUGAGUCUUGAUUUACAUGUGUGUGAAAUCGCAGGAGAUAUUAGACUGUUUGCGGAAAAUGAAAGAUUCCUGGAGUGAAGUUGUGUGAUGACGGAAGUCAGGAGUGAGACUCUGACUGAUUCCUUUAACUACACAACCAAUUUAAUCCCACUUUAAAGUUUUAAUCAGUGAAUAAAAUUUUCAUUUUAGAAAAGAGUAUGAAGUGUACCAUGCCUGGAACUAAAGUAAAACAAGUGGGCGUGGCCAGUACUUUACAAAUGAAUAGGCUUUGUUUUUAAAAUGUUACAUUUAUUCAAAUGACAUAAAAAUGAUAAAACUCGUUCUUUAAUUUCAUUAUUCUGUAUUGGAUUAUAAACAGGUGUCAUUAAAGUGUGUGUGUGUGUGUGUGUGUGUGUGUGUGUGUGUGUGUGCGCGCGCGCACGUGUGGUGCCCCCUGCUGUCUGUUUCCUUCUCAGUGCUCUGUAGAGAACAUGCCUGUACUUGUUGUUAGAGUAGAGCCGUUUUGCCCGGACAUGUGACACAGUCAGCCAAACCCUGAGCAGUGUGUGUGUGUGUGUGUGUGUGUGUGUGUGUGUGUGUGUGUGUACACUCAUUUGUAAGUCGCUUUGGAUAAAAGCUUCUGCUAAGUGAAUAAAUGUAAAAUGUUAAUGUGUGUGUGUGUGUGUGCGCAUGAGUGAGUGUGUGUGUUAGUGAGUGUGUGUGUGUGUGUGUCAGUGAGUGUGUGUCAGUGAGUGUGUCCAUGAGUGAGUGUGUCUGGGUACACACACACACUCACACCAACACCUUCAGUCUGAUCCAGGCUGAGCUGAUGUGUGUGAUGAUGUCAUCGCCGGUGUUGGGGACAUUGUGUAGAGGUGGUGUUGAGGGUGGUGUUGGUGGUUCUGCUCGGCGGUGUUUGUUCGGUUCAGUGGAUCAUGAGGAGCUGCAGCGUGACUACACACUGCUGAUGAGGGCGGAGCUUCAGGACGCUUCACGCCGCUGGAACUUUGACUUCAUUGCCAACAAACCGCAUGUGGGCGGCGACAUCGAGUGGGUGGUGCUUCCUGAGGCUCGAGUUCCUUCUCUUUACCAUGAUUGCACAGUAGGGCCAGUUCCUCGACCAAAAGGGGCGGGACCAGCGUCUGAUCUCGAGGAGGACGACGUUCCUAAAACACCUGAGCGAUGUGAAGGUGCAGAGAAACACACACUGAAGAGGAAACAGACCAACAUCACAGAUUUCUAUCAGGCCAAGAGGCGAGUCGUCACCAGCAGGAAGUCAGGCCAGUGACCUGAGGACACACACACACACACACACACACACACACACACACACACACACACACACACACUCUCUCUAUACACUCAGGACUGUCUGAAGGACUUCUGGACAAACCCUCUCACCCCCCACUACCCGAAUAACAAUGAAUAAUUAUUUUAUUUGAUGUUAUUUUAUUUUAUUUUAUUUUAUUUUAUUGUAAUGUUUAUUUUAUGAUGUUAUUUGUGUUGUUUUAGGAGAAAGUGUGAACACUUCAUCACAUAUUGUGCAAUUCCUGUUAACCUGGAUAUAAAUAUUCCUGCUCACCACCGCAUCUGCUACAAGCACACACACACACACACACACUCACACACACACACUCACACACACACACACUAAUCUACACUAAACCUACAGAUAAUCUGAGUGUCAGUGAUGUGUUUAUAACUGUGUGUCCUGUAUAGGAUUAUACUAGGAUUAAUGCUGUUGGAAUAUUAAACAUCUGUCCAUGUAUCAGAGUGUGUUAUAAACACUGUGUGUGUAUGUGUGUGUGUGUGUGUGUGUGUGUGUGUGUGUGUGUGUGUGUGCGCGCAGAUACAGAGUAUUGCCUUUAUUUAUUUAUUACACAAUGAAUAUUAUCUUGGAUUAAAAGUGUAGAAAAAUAAAACAUAAAAAAACA